AUGUCCUCCAGGCUUAUGCCUCUUUUUCCGCGAUUAGUCUCAGAUGAGCAAGGUGAGCAGGGUGUAUUCCAGAAGGGUAAGAUUAUUUCUUCCAAUAUUAGUCUAGCCUCGGAGCUGGCAAAUCUUAUGCAUUCCGCUGUGAGGGGUGGAGGCAUGGGAUUGAAAUUGGACGUGCAGAAGGCAUAUGACUCCUUAUCAUGGAAAUUCCUUUUUGCCUCAUUGGUAAAGUUUGGUUUCUCGGACAAAUGGAUCUCUUGGAUCCAGCUUCUUUUAAGCUCUUCCAGGUUAUCUGUUUUAGUGAACGGAGGGCCAGUAGGUUUCUUCCCAGUGGGCAAAGGUCUGAGACAAGGAGAUCCUAUCUCUCCAUUCUCAUUUAUUUUGGCAGAGGAGGUGUUCUGCAGAGGUUUGAAGUUGUUAGUAAGGGAUGGGAAGCUGAAGUCUCUCCCGGGACCUCGAGGUGUGUCCAUUCCCUCUCAUUUAUUUUUCGCAGAUGAUAUAUUUAUUUUUAUGAAUGCUUCUGCAAAAUUUGUGAAGAAUCUCCAAGAUUUCCUAGAAAAAUAUCAAGCUUUUUCAGGGAAAAAUUUCAAUCUGGAUAAAAGUAGCCUGUUUUUUGGGAAGGUGGCACCCCACAGGAAACAAUAUAUUUCUUCUCUGAUAGGUAUAAAAUCAGAGAGGCUUCCGACGAAGUAUCUAGGUGUGGAAAUUUUCAAGGGAAGGGUGAGAGGAUCUCAUCUAUUACCUUUGCUAGAUAAGAUAAAAAGUAAGCUAGCUGGAUGGAAGGGUAAUAUGAAGGUCACAAAGAAAAUAGUGGUGAACUGGGACGAUGUCUGCAAACCAAAACAGGAAGGGGGGUUAGGCAUUCGCAGACUGCGAGAUGUAAAUUUUGCCUGUCUAGCAAAGUUGACUUGCCAGAUUAAGCAUGAGGAGUCCUUUAGAAGAUGGGUCAAAUUAAAUUCUGAUAGCUGCUCGUUGGGCAAUCCGGGAAAAGCAGGUGGGGGAGGUCUUCUACGCAAUGAUAAGGCUGAAGUGUUAUAUAAUUACAAAGAGUUCCUUCAAAUUGGCACAAAUUUUGAGGCGGAAUUCCAGGCUAUUAUCGCAGGAAUUGAAGCUGCAAACCGAUUGGGGGUGCAAAGUUAA